ACUUUGGGAGGAUUUCACUGAAUGGGCCUGACCGACACCAGCCUCCCCUGUAGAUAAAACACUUUAAAACUCUUUCUUUUUUAAAGAAAAAAUCUAAAUAAGGAUCAGGGGCUUGUUGAUUAUUUUCCCUAAUACUUUUUUUGUAAUUUCUUCCUUCUUUUCUUUAUUUUUCACCGUGAUUAAAUAACAUAAAAAGGAAUCAAAAGUCAGAUAUUUUUUCGGACAUGUUGUCUCUCCUGUUUGUGGAAACGCCCAUGAGUCUUCAGAGACACUGAGUGAGGAACGUAAGUAGCUCUCCAGGGUGCUGAAGUUGUCUCCAAACGCCUAGACGCGCCUCCUGUCACUUCCAGCCCAUAAUCCUAGCAAUGAGCGGGCUGGUUCUCCUUCUGAGCGUCACAAGAGUGGAUAGGUAAGGACGGGAUGAUGGUAGACGCUCAGAUCCGAGAAGGCACCUGUAAGAUUGUCUCUUCGGAUCCAGGAUGGUAAAAAAAAAUACAUGGUGCCAUGGGUUUGAAUAGUCAGUUGAAGUGAAUAAAUUUAUUCACUACCUUGGACACCCUGGAAGGAAAAUGCAACAUAUUCCUCCAAAUGGUUGGGACUCUAACCAUCCAUGCAUGCCCAUAAUAAAAAGCAGAACGACUUUACCGACGCUGCCCCUUUGUAACUUCCUGUUAUGGGUUCUGCUGGGGGUUCUUACCUUCCCCUGCUGUGUUCACUGUCUAAUAUUCAAAGUGGGGGUUUUGGGGCCUUGGAACUGCGACCCUGUUUACUUCAGGGCCCUUCCCACCGCAGCGGCCAGACUCGCUGUGAGCAGGAUCAAUGGAGACCCCGGUCUGGAUCUGGGUCUAACGAUGGACUUCAUUAUUCUGCAGGAGCCCUGUGAAACCUCCAAAGCCCUGACGGCUUACAUUUACUAUGACGGUGCAGCGGACGCGUUUGUGGGUCCCACCAACCCUGGAUACUGCAUCGCUGCUUCUCUGCUGGCAAAAAACUGGGAUAAGGCGCUGUUCUCCUUCAGCUGCGUCACCUACGAGCUGGAUCGCACCAUUGGAUACCCAACCUUUGCACGGACUGUCCCGUUUUCCGUGGACGUGCUGUUCACAGUGUUUAAGCAUUUCAGAUGGGCCGGCUCCGUGGUGAUCUCCUCUAAUGAAGACCUCUGGAUAGACGCUGCUGGGAGGGUGGCUGAUGGUCUGAGGAGGAAGGGGCUUCCUGUGGCUCUGGUCUCAGCUAUGGGUCUGAAUGAUACUGAGGUGGAGCGCACGCUGAGAAAGAUCCAAAGUGCAGGAGAAAUAAGGGUUAUCGUAAUGUGUAUGCACUCCAUCCUGGUUGGUGGCAGCUACCAGGCCACUUUUCUCACAAAGGCACACAAGAUGGGGAUGACUUCAGGGAAGUACGUGUUUGUGCCCUACGAUACUCUCCACUACAGCUUGUCCUACAGCAACGUUUCCCACUUCCCUCUCCAAAACGACAGUCUUCUGAGGGAGGCCUACGAUGCUGUCCUCACCAUCACUGUGGCCUCUGAGCAGCAGUCUUUCAAUGAGGCGUUCAAUGCAGCCAAGACAAGCCAGGAGAUGUUUCUGCCAGUGCAGGCUGAGCAGGUUAACCCUCUGUUUGGAACCAUCUACAACAGCAUCUACCUGCUGGCCAGGUCAAUUCAUAAUGCCAGGAAAGCAGGCAUGCGCCUUUCAGGAUCAAAUCUGGCCUACUUCACCAAGAACACAAGUUUUAAUGGCUUCAAUCAGAAGGUUCAGGUGGACUCAAGCGGGGAAGUUAAGACCAACUACGUCGUCUUGGACUCUGACAAAAGAAGCAGUCAGCUGUACCAGGCCUACUAUGUGGACCUAAAGGCAGGGGUGCUUCGUUUUGCAGGGAGAUCUAUCCAUUUUCCAGGAGGCUCCCCUCCAACAGCAGACUCCCGCUGUUGGUUUGAUAAGAACGUCAUUUGCACAGGAGGUGUGGAGGUGUCUUACAUAAUAAUAGUGUUGGCUGUGAUCCUUAGUUUGGCUGUUGGAGGACUCUUCAUAACUCUUUACAUCAGGAGACGACUUCAACAAAUACAGCUGAUCAAAGGACCCAAUCGGAUCCUGUUAACUUUAGAAGAUCUCACUUUUAUCAAUCCUCAGCUCAGCAAAAAGAAAAUUACUUUAGAGGACCUGAGUGAGUCCAGGAGUGCUCUGGAUGAAAAGUCUGCAGACCCCUCCCACUCUGUAAACAGCAUGCAAACCGCAACACACGAGAAUUCAAAUGUUGCUGUGUAUGAGGGUGACUGGGUUUGGCUGAAGAAAUUUGAGGAAGGCCAAUUCAAAGAGAUGAAACAAAGCACAACCAAGAUUUUCACAAAGAUGAAGGACCUAAGAAAUGAGAACGUAAAUCCCGUCCUGGGCUUCUUUUUGGACGGCUACAUGUUUGCUGUGGUGACAGAGCACUGCUCACGUGGCAGCCUGCAGGACCUGCUUAGGAACGAAGAUGUUAAAUUAGACUGGAUGUUUAAGUCCUCGCUUUUACUUGAUCUUAUUAAGGGAAUGAAAUAUCUUCACCACAGAGAUUUCCCCCACGGCCGACUUAAAUCUAGAAACUGUGUGGUGGACGGUCGCUUUGUUCUCAAAAUUACAGACUAUGGCUUCAAUGAGCUGCUAGAGUCUCAGAAAGCUCCCUUUGAAGAACCCCCACCAGAAGAGCAAUUCUGGACCGCGCCUGAGUUUCUCAGGGACUUUUCAAAUUACCGCAAAGGAACCUACAAAGGAGAUGUUUACAGUUUUUCUAUAAUCCUUCAAGAGGUGGUAGUGAGAGGGCCACCAUACUGCAUGCUCGAUUUACCCCCUGAAGAAAUCAUCCGUAAAGUAAAAAAGCCUCCGCCAAUGUGCCGUCCUACAGUCGCACCGGAUCAGGCUCCACUUGAAUGUAUCCAGCUAAUGAAGCAGUGCUGGAGUGAACAGCCUGACCGCAGACCAACUUUUGAUGAGAUAUUUGACAGGUUCAAGAUCAUAAACAAGGGCAAGAAGACCAAUAUCAUUGACUCUAUGCUGAGGAUGCUGGAGCAAUACAGCUCUAACCUGGAAGAUCUGAUCAGAGAGAGAACAGAAGAGCUGGAGGUGGAAAAGCAGAGAACAGAAAAGCUGCUUUCUGAGAUGCUUCCACCUUCUGUUGCUGAGGCUCUCAAGACUGGCGCCACAGUGGAGCCAGAGUACUUCGAUCAGGUGACAAUCUACUUCAGCGACAUUGUGGGUUUCACAACCAUCUCCUCUCUCAGUGAUCCGAUUGAAGUGGUUGAUCUUCUGAAUGACCUCUACACGCUGUUUGAUGCUGUACUCAGCAACCAUGAUGUCUACAAGGUGGAGACCAUUGGGGAUGCUUACAUGGUAGCAUCGGGCCUGCCGAAGAGGAACGGCAACAAGCAUGCUGCAGAGAUUGCCAACAUGUCUCUGAACAUCCUCAGCUCGGUGGGCUCCUUCCACAUGCGACACAUGCCAGAUGUGCCCGUCAGAAUACGAAUAGGAAUUCACUCAGGGCCCUGUGUUGCUGGGGUUGUAGGACUAACCAUGCCUCGGUAUUGCCUUUUCGGAGACACCGUCAACACUGCCUCUCGUAUGGAAUCCACUGGGCUGCCUUAUAGAAUCCAUGUAAAUUAUAGCACUGUGAAGAUCCUUCAUUCUCUCAAUGAUGGGUAUAAAAUAGAAGUCAGAGGCAAAACAGAACUGAAGGGUAAAGGUAUAGAGGAGACAUACUGGCUUGUGGGGAAAACCAACUUUACAAAACCUUUGCCAAAACCACCAGAAAUACGACCUGGGGAAGACAAUCAUGGGCUCAGAGCUGAGGAUAUAGCUGCCUACAGGAGAAAGAAAGCUGAGAAAAAGGCUUGAGCCUCUAUUUUAUAUACAGGAGGGACAACUGGCAGGAGAUGGUGACGAAGGAGAUCAAGACUCAUUUCCGCAAGGCCAAUAGGCAGGUGGACAAAAAAAUCUGAAACACUGAGAGAGAGAGGAGCAAAAUAAAUCAAGGAAGGACCAACAGAUGAGUGCAGGAAGGAGGCAUUCAGAUAAGGCGUAAGAAGAAGAGCUACAAGAGGCAAUCAGAGGACUGAGAGCAGCACCCAGCCUCUCGCUGUGGCUUAAUGCAGACUUGUUUAAGAGGAUUGUUCAUCGACUGGCUAAUCUUCCUGCAGCCAGCACAGCAGAACAUGACGGUGCUAAUGUAAUGAGUGGUCACAUCAUCUGCCUGCCUACCUGCUGCCAACAAGUACUCGGUCCUUAAUGAAGGAUGAACUCGUUCAUUCCUCUCUGCAAUCACUGGCCACUACGUGGUCCAAUACUCAGGGCAACCGGAGGUUCACCCAUCCGCAGAGUGAACGCCCCAAACGCCUAUUUCAAAGUAAAACAUUACAAUGAAAGCUGUUUUAGUCGAGCUGCAGUGCCCAGCCUGUUAUGUACCUGUUAAAUCAAUAUUAUGUGUUAUUAGCCAUCCAAAGCUGGAGGGCAACAGCUGCUAUGUUGUAAAACUACUUAUUUGAAAACAGAAAAAAAAAAUCCUUGCCACUUUUGUCUGUCAGCAAACCAAGAUUGAGUCGACCCCGCAUCAAAAAGGCUUUUACAGUAACAGCUCAUUUCUUUAGUUUACAGUAAAGAAAUGAGGCCAGUGUUUGGGAGGUACUUAAAGAAAAAGAAAAAUGUUCCUAGUGUUUACUGUGAAAACCUGAGGUUCCUCUAUAUGACAAAUGUUUUUAAAGCUCAGCAGGCAUUUUAAGGCUCUGUGUCAGCACUUUAACUUUCCAGAAAGUUCAUAUUUUUCAGGUGAAAUUAAAUGUUUAAGUGUUAUCUAAUUCUAAUGACAUUAUUUUGUAGUUAUUGCUGUUAUUGAACUCUUUGUAGAUGUUGUUUGUUGGUCCUAAGGAGUGAUUCCAGAAAAAAGUCCCCCCCAUAAUGUUGAAAAAAAUGACUUUAUUGUUUGUUGCACAUUUUUAAAGCAAAGUGGUUAUGCCAACUGGUGAGCUGCUCUUCCUCAGAAUAAUGGGUUGAACAAGAAGUUAAUAUCCAUAGAAAACAUUGGAAAACCCUGAUUAUAUUAUAGCUGAACUGAACUUUUUGUUUCAAGUCAAAAUGUCUUCCCCAGCUGUGACUUUUUGUUGCAUAACACACUCUGUUAUCAAUUUACAUCUCUUUCGUCUGUCAUAUUCAUAUCGAAAACUGGUUUAACUGUCUUUAAAGUGUUUUGUCUAACUCAGAUGUUUCUUAAGUUUCUUCCUUGGUGUUAAAAAUGCAUAAAAAAACCAUUCAUCUAAAAUUUAAUGUCUGGAUAAAACAUCAGUUCGAUUUUGAUCAAUGUCUCGUUUCAUAUCAGUCUUGAAAUUCACAUACUAUAACCAAGUAUGUGACAAAACCCAAAUAAAAGGAAUAGUUAAGAUAAUCAAUAAAAAAAAAGUAGUACUUUCCUAAAUAUAUGUAUUUUCCUAAGUCCUAAACCUGCAGGAGAUCCCAUUAAUUGAAUAAGUCUUCAGCAAUAAUUUCAGUUCAAUCAACUUUUGAAACAGAAAUGUUGUUUUUCUAACUUCCACUAAACCCAUAUGCUUAGCUGCAUGUGCUUUGUUUAAAAUGGUAAAAAAAA